AUGCUCCUACCGCUGCUGCCCGUGCUCGGCCUCGCACGCACCUCCGCGCCCGCGGCGCUGUCCGCCGCCAUCGACGCCGCGUGCGCGCUGCCAGAGGGGCUGCUCGCGGAGGCGUGCCUCUCCCAGGGUGCGCCGGGCGGGCCCGUCGGUCCGAUCGCCACGCUCCGCACGCUCGAGUGGUGGCAGCUGCCGGCGGUGCUGCUCGCCACCGCCGGCGGCGCUGUGCUGCUGGUGGCGGUCGUGGAUGUGGGCCUGCUUGGCGGCGCUCUGCUGCGGACGCUGUCGCGGGCGGAGGAGCUGCGGCUGGCGCCGGCGGCGCACGCGCGCUGGGCGGCCGCCAACGCAGCGCUGCUGCUGCGCGCGCACGCGCCCGCCCUCGCCGCGCUCGAGGAGAGGCUACGCGCCGGCGCGACGGCGAGCCGGCAUUGGGUUCGGGAGACGGGAGCGGUGAACGGGCCGUGGAAUCCGAGCCGCGAGCGUGCACCGUGGUGCGGAUUUUUGGACCUCGUGUGA